AUGACCACUAUUCCAUUUGAUUGUAUUGUUCAGAAAGAAAGUUCUCCUUUCAAAAUUGAGAUUAAAAUUGACGAAAGGAUUUCUGAACUCAGAAAAAAAGUUUAUGAUAGUUUACACGAAGAAUCUGCUCCUAAAAUCGAAGAUAUAAUUUUAUGGAAAAAAAACUCUAAAAUUAUGCGGCGGCUUAAAACCUUAACAAUUGAAAAACUUAAAAUUCUUGGGUGUGAAUGUAUAGAAUUAUCUGAUAUUACCGAAACUAUUAAAAAUAUUUUCAAAUUACCUCUCAAGCAAAAUCAUACAUAUAUUAUUGUAUUCAUUACAAAACUAACGUGGAUGAAAAUAAAUGAUAUUAGUAUUUAUAUCAAAACAUGGAAGGCAGAGACAGACGAUCCAAAAGCAUACAUAACUUUCCUCCAUGGUUUUGCUGAUCGCAUAGAUUUUUACGAUCACAUAUUCACUGAAUUUAGUGAGGCGGGAAUUGAAGUUAAUGCAUUUGACCGACGAGGACAUGGUCGAACAUAUAAAGAAGUCGGAAACCCUAUAAUUGGAGGGAAUUGGAAAGAUGCAAUUAAAGAUAUAACAAAAUUUAUAGAGAAGCAAAAUUGA